GGUGGAGGGAGAAUGAGCUGCUUGGAAGGACGGACCAACGGACGGGAGAGAUUCCCGGAUCCCAGGCCCCGUGACUGGAGAGGCGCUUAGGGUCCCCGUGACAGGUGGCCCCGAGGGGAGGGUGGAGCGCAGGCCUGGGACGUGAACCGGGAGCAGGGAGAGGGGGAGGGCCGCGGUGGGACCAGGGAGGGUGACCCCGGUGGCGGGGUGCUCAGGCCUGGAACCCCGCACCUGCCUCCCUGAGCUGCCCGGUGGGAGAGCGCAGAGGACGGGAGGGAGGAGUUGACCUGGGCAUCACAGACCCCGCAGGGGGCUAAAACCUACUGGUCAGUGCAGGCUGCCAGUACUGCCAGUCUGGGAUGUGGUGGGCUCUUCCCCCGCCCUCCUUCACCCCAUGACCCCAGGAUCUCAUCCCAGCGCACCAGUCCCUUUCUGGAGAGAGCAGCCUUUCUCUGGGGCCCUGUGUCCUCCUAGUCCCAGCGUUGGCCUCCUCCCAUUCCAGCGACACCCUGGGCCUCCUCGGCAGGGCACCUUCUGCCCCCUGUGGCCGCCGGGCCUUCACAUCACCUGCUGCCAGAGGCCAAGCCAGCGCCCUGCCAGCGCCCAGCCGACUCUCCGUCACACAGCCCCUCCUCCUUUAACCCCCCUUGCUCCACAGCACCUGGCUGCAUCAAGACCCUGCCCCCAUGGCCAGCCACAGAAAGCCUGGGGCUGGGGAGGCCCCACCGGCGGAGGAAGGGGAGGAAGGGACCUCUGCCAGGCUGCCGACGGAGGAGGUGCUGCAGCAGGCCCAAGAGCUCUUCUUGCUGUGUGACAAGGAGGCCAAGGGCUUCAUCACCAGGCACGACCUGCAGGGACUGCAAAGCGACCUGCCCCUCACCCCGGAGCAGCUGGAGGCUGUGUUUGAAAGCCUGGACCAGGCUCACACCGGCUUUCUCACGGCCCGGGAGUUCUGCCUGGGCCUGGGGAAGUUUGUGGGGGUGGAGCCGGCCACGCGCCCCUCUCCGACCCCCGAGGAAACGUUCGAGUGCGGCUGGCCGGAUGUGCGGGGCGCCGCGGUCCCUCCGGAGGAGGAGGAUGCCGAGAGCGUCUGCCCCGCGCUGGAGCAGCUGGGGGUGGCCCGGGUCCUGGGCGAGCAGCGGGCGGUGCGGGCGCUCUGGGCGCGGCUGCAGCGCGAGCGGCCCGAGCUGCUGGGCGCGCUGGAGGACGUCCUGGUGCGCGCCUCGGCCUGCCUGGAGGCGGUGGCCCGGGAGCGGGACGGCCUGGAGCAGGCGCUGCGGCGGCGCGAGAGCGAGCACGAGAGGGAGGUGCGCGGCCUCUACGAGGAGCUGGAGCAGCAGCUCCGGGAGCAGCGCGCGCGGCCGAGCCAGAGCCUCCCCCGCGAGGAGCUGCGGGGUCGCCUGGAACUGGAGCUGCUGAGCCGCGAGCAGGAGCUGGAGCGCGCGGGCCAGCGGCAGCGGGAGCUGGAACAGGAGCUGCAGGCUCGCGCCGCGGAGCACCGGGAAGCGCAGGCCCAGCACGGCCAGCUGCUGCGGGCCUACCAGGCGCUGCGCACGCAGCUGGACGGGGCGCAGGAGCGGCUCCGCCGGCUGGAGGGCGACGCGCAGGGCCGCCUGGAGCAAACCCAGAGGGACGUGGUUGCUGUCUCUCGGAACAUGCAGAAAGAGAAACUGAGCCUCCUAAGGCAGCUGGAGCUGCUCAGGGAGCUGAAUACGAGGCUGCGAGAUGAGAGAGAUGCGUGUGAGGUCCUGGCCACAGCCGGAGCACCCGGGCCCUGCUGCUGCUGCUGCUGCUGCUGCCGCCGCCGUGGCUGGGCUGGGCCCCCCAGACGGGGCUCCGGCCACCUUCCCAGUGCCUGACCAUCAGGACACGCGACUCCCUGUGUGUUACCUGCAGGAGCUGCGUCUUGAAGGAGUUUCUGGGAUGGGCUCAUGCACUCGGGUGCGCUCUACCUGGCUUCCUGCCUGAAGGAAGACAGGGUCUUCUGUGCCCCUUCUCUGUCCAGCAACAGCAGCAGAGCCUUCUGUCCAAUAAAGCCCACCGAAGGCCCUGUC